AGCAAUACUUCUAUUGAUCUUCAAUGCAAACAGCUACAAUGUAUAACAUGACUUUAUUCAGUGUUCUGCUGUAUUUGCUGUUUGGCGUGUUCUUAACAGACUGUUCCACUAUAGAACUGAUAAACAAUGGCUACAAUGGAGUGGUUAUCGCUAUCCAUCCUAAAGUAUCUGAAGAUCCAAAGCUUAUUGAAAACAUCAAGGGAAUGGUGAAGGAAGCUUCUUCUUAUUUAUUCACAGCCACGAGGCGGCGUGCUUUCUACCGUGAUGUUAAAAUCCUGGUGCCCAGCACCUGGGCAGAAAACCAUACUCUCUACAAGAAACCCACAAGAGAGUCGUACAAAAAGGCGAGCAUUAUUGUUGCGGAUCCAUUUUGUACAGACAUUGCCAGCACCCCGUAUGCAGUGACCAAUGGGCAAUGUGGAGAAGAAGGCAAAUAUAUUCAUUUCACUCCCAAGUAUCUCCUGCAAGAUGAGGUUGUUGAUAACUUUGGGCCCCGUGGACGUGUCUUUGUGCAUACAUGGGCAAAUUUUCGGUGGGGGGUGUUCAGUGAAUACGACACGCUGAAGAAACCAUUCUACCGGUCAUCCAAGGGACAGAUUGAAGCAACAAGGUGCUCAAAGGACAUCACUGGGUAUUUAAUUAAUCCUGGGACUGGAUCAAGCUGUGAAACUGACACAAGCACAGGUUUACCGAAAGCUGACUGCACAUUCAUUCCCCAUCAGAAACAAAACACAAAUGCAUCUAUAAUGUUCCAACAAUUCCUGCCUGACGUCACAGAUUUUUGUGAUGAGAAUACCCACAAUGAUGAAGCUCCCAAUCAACAGAAUAAAAUCUGUAAUUACAGAAGCACUUGGGAAGUGAUCAGACAGACGAAGGAUUUCAGGGGAAGCAACCCCCCUGUGUCCACUAGUCCCCCUGAAAUAACGUUUACUUUACUUCAGGCGAGACACAGGGUGGUGUGUUUGGUCCUGGAUGUAUCCGGAAGCAUGGGAGGUUUUGACAGGAUUACAAGACUGCGGCGGGCUUCUGAAGUGUUUCUGAUGGAAAUUAUUGACAAAGGCUCGUGGGUUGGAAUUGUAACAUUUAGCAGCGAUGCUGCCAUUCAGAAAUCACUUACGUUGAUCGACAGUGAAGCAGUCCGGACAGAUCUGAUCAGUCAUUUGCCAAGUACAGCUGGUGGCGGGACCAAUAUAUGCAGCGGUAUAAGAAAAGGAUUUGAGGUUCUUCGAGGAGAUGACGGAGAAACAUCAGGUGACGAAAUCAUUUUGCUCACAGACGGGGAAGACAGCGCCGUUAGAUCUUGUCUUGAGGAGGUUAAGAACAGUGGAAGCAUUAUUCAUACCGUAGCGCUGGGACCUUCUGCAGAUAGCGCCCUUGAGGAAAUGUCUAAUGCAACAGGAGGUCUACAGUUCUAUGCCUCUGAUAAAUUGGACUCAAGUGGAUUAAUUGAUGUUUUCAGUUCACUGUCUGUGUCCUCUGGAGAUUUUGCUGCAGAGGUUAUACAGUUGACCAGUGAUGGUAAACAAACUGAUGCAGGCAAAUGGUUUCAUGGGACCAUAUACUUGGACUCCACUGUUGGGAAUAAUACAGUUUUCACUAUAACCUGGCAGACUGAUGUACCAACGAUACUAAUAACCAGUCCAAAUAGUCAAUCAUACAGCAACGAAGACCUACAAAUCAAGACUGACUUGAGAAUAGGUCGCUUAACCUUACCUGGGACUGCACAGCCAGGUUUGUGGGGAUACAAUAUUCUUAACAGUGGCAAAUCACAGCAAAGCUUUACAGUGACAGUAAACUCCCGUGCUGUGAAUGAGUGUGUCCCUCCGAUCACUGUGAAUGCUGAGAUGAACACUGAAAGCACAUCCUAUCCGACGCCAGUGAUCAUCUAUGCAGAAGUCAACCAAGGGUACACUCCUGUGAUAAACGCCAAUGUCACUGCCAUUAUUGAGCUGGCGAACACAUCCACAGUGGAACUGUCUCUUCUGGAUAGCGGUUCAGGUGCAGAUGCUUUUAAAAACGACGGGGUCUAUUCAAGUUACUUCUUCAGCUUCGGGGGCAAUGGAAGAUACAGCCUGAAAAUUAAGGUUCUGGGACUAGGAGGGACUGUAAAAGUUACCACCAGGGAAGGAAACAGUCUCCCUUACAGAUCAGGAUAUAUCUCCCAGAAUGGUACAGUCCAUUUCAACAAACCACCUUACGCCAAUGAUACCACCAGCGAUGUUGGCAGUUUUAGCAGAAGCGGAAAAGGAAGCACACUGACAGUAAGCAAAGUGCCCGCAGAUCCCACAGAUGAGUUUCCUCCUGGGAGAGUCACUGACCUCACAGCAUCCAUUGUUGAUGACAAGAUCCAGCUGACAUGGACAGCUCCGGGGGAUGACUUUGACAAAGGACUUGUGUCCAGUUACAAGAUUAAAAUGAGCGGCAGCAUGGUGCAGCUAAGGGACAACUUUACAGGAUGUGACAUCAUCAACACGACAACACUGCAGCUAAAACCAGCUGGGGAGGUGCAGGUGUUUCUUUUCCCACGAGACGCUGCCAAAAUAUUCAACAGCAUCAUCAUAUACUUCGCUCUCACUGCCACAGACGACGCAGGGCACACUUCAGAACUCUCCGUCAUCGCGCAGGUGUCAAUAUUCAUGUUCAAGGAAGCAAUUCCAACCACUAGCUGGCCAAUGAAUAGUUCAUCUACGGAACCAUAUACAAUUCCUGCUCUGCCACACUCAACAUGUUGCCAGCACGAAUGGCUUGUAUUAUUGCUGGUAGGGAUGGGCCUGUUUCUGCAUUUACUCUGGUUACUGAUGCUUAUCAUUUGGUGGAAUGUGGGGAAAAAGGUGAUCUAUGUUUAUUCAGAUAAGGACACGAUGAUCAGCAACCCUUUCAGUACUGGGGUUGGUAUGUACAGCAGACAGAUGUAGGACAGCAGUGUGGAUUAAUGGUUAGGGCUCCUGACCGGAAUGUCGUGGGCAGGGUUGCCAGAUCUGUAUAAAAUUUGUAAACAAAAAUAGCCAAAAAGCUGAUUCAAAAGCAACAUUUUUUUUUUUUUUUUACUUUUAUAAUAUUAUUGUUUUUUUUACUGAUGCCAAAUGUUGUAACCCCCAAAUGAUUAUAAAUAGUGCCCCCCAAAGGCUCAAUUACACUGCCCACAACCUGCCAAUGCCUAGGGCCCUGCGUUUUUUUUCACAACUUGUUUUUUUUAGGGUUACCAUGUGGCUCCAGAUUAACCGGACGCUGUGAGACAGAACGGGAUUUCAAACUUGCCCCUAAAUUGAAAUAAAUGAAGGUGUAAAUGAACCAUCCUUAGCUACAAUUAAGAAUGGUGCUUAAAUAACCGCAUGCGCGUCAAAUACUUGUAUUAUACCAAGAAUGAAUUGCAGCCAGUCGCUAUUUUUUUCUGUUUGUUAAAAUUCAUUCGCCCAUAUUAUUCUGCAAAUACAAUUUCAUCAUCAUCUCGUUGCUCUAUCGAUAAAUUAGAUAUUCGUUUAUUAAGAUCUGAUCAGAAGCAGCUGAUCAGUGUGACUUGUUUGCUGCGCCCAAGCAAUUCCACCACAGCAGGAUUAAUCUCAGCAAAGGUGGAGCUCAUUUAUACGUGAAUUACUUUCAAUUUGGGGGGAAUUUUGAAAUUCCGGUCUGUCUCAAAGCGUCCGGUUAAUCUGGAGCCAUAUGGUAACCCUAUUUUUUUAAGCAGUAUUUCAGUCCUGCACCACAACAUGCAGAUAUAGCCUCCCCAUUAAGCCACCUAGUGUGAGCAAUCAAAAACAAUCAAAUCAUUGCGUUUCUUUGAUCAUCUCAAUUAGUCAUUCAGUUACUACAAAGUACAUGCAUUGGCACGUUAACAGAAAAAAUAGAAACCCGCGGCUGCAAAAAAAUAUUGUUUAUACAUACAAGAUUCGUUUUGUCAGUCCUCUGGCAAGUGUGGUCAAAAUGUAUAUAUUACAGGCAAAUCUUGGACUUGACAAAUGUUGUAAGGAUAUCGAGGAGAAAAUUCUUUAGACAUUCCUUUGUCAAGGUUGAUGUGUGCCUGUGGCAGUGUGCCCCGCCCAUGUGUGUGUUAUGUGUUGUAUGUUGUGUGUGGUGUGUUAAUGUUGGUGUAUAGGUAUUGGUGCACGGGAUAUAAAUGGGUCUGUGUAGCACGAGUGAUUUAAAAUAUAUAGUUAUAUUUAGGCACGGGGAUUCAUGUGCAGAUAAAGUAUGUGAGCACGGGACUGCACAAAUGAGUUCAUGUGCUGGGAUUCAAGUGAAUAAUUAAUUGGUAAUUGAAUCCCGGCACAACAGUAUAUAUAGAUGCACGUUUUAGUCACUCGGGAUUGGGUGUUCAGUGUGGAGAGAACGGGAGAGGAAGUCGAGAGUAAGCUUUAAAAUAAUAAUUACAAUUGCUAGACGUGCUGAGUUAGAUCAGCACAAGGCUUGUUUGUUUAGCGUUCGUCCACCCUGUUUGUUAGUGUCUGUUCGUUUUUGUUUGUCUGUUUAUUUUGGCCUCAAGUGCCGUGUUCUGUUUUGUUCAGCUUUUAUUUUCUGUGUGUUAUUAAAACACUGAGCACCGCAGCGUCUCAGUUUCACUCACCA